GUUCGCGUCGCCCUACUUUUGUUCACCCUCUGUGUUUGUUUUGUAAGUGUUCGGCCGCGGCAUCCUGGCGUUGUACAAUAAUGUUAGCAAUAUUUUGCUAAUAUUAUUGUGAUACUAUCUAUGAAAUAACUUUCAACUUUAGGUUUUGACACACAAAUAUGGUCAAUCUCGGUCUCACUCGAGUGGACGAUGAGCUGGCAGCAAAACACCCGGGCUUAGAAAGUUAUGCCGCCUGUCAGUCUCAGGCCUUCAUGAAGGGGACUGGAAGCUUUGUGCUUGGUGCUGUUGGCCUUUUUGCCCUCCAGAACAUUCUACAGAAGAGAUUUGCUUAUCCUCUGCAGUGGAACUUGCUCAUUUCCAUUGUGACGUCAUCGGCGGGCAGCUAUGCACUGACACGGUGGGAAACGCAGAAAUGCUCCGACCUGUGGUUGCUACUCGAAACUGGCAAAAUCCCGGACAGGUUGCCGCCACAAGUGCCUCAAAAAGAAGAAGCACCCGGGACUGGGAAGACAAAAUAUGAUGAUGUGAUGGAUUGAAAGCCUUAUACAGUUAUACAGUGGAACCUGUCUGUUCGGGGACGUAGUUCAACCAACAUUUUUUCAGAAAUAUGCCUCAAAAGUAAAACAAAACUUGGGGCUCAAACCGGCAUCAUGUAGGUUUUCUGAGACUUCUGCUCAGUGAGAAAGUGUGUUUUGCUUUUUCGUCAUUUCGACAUUUUCCAAAUUUAACUCGUCCUUCCACCGUUCUCCCGAUUCAAACCAUUCCAAUUUAAAUAUAUUUUGUUCAUUCAGGAAAUAUUAGGAAUUACUGUUCACGUUCCCUAAAUUCACACAUUUUUCAGUGUUCCACAUUUGCAUGAAAAUAAUCCCAAAUGUAUGCAGACAUUUUUUCAAAUUUGCCUAAUCCUUACACAUUUCUCAACCGAUUCAAACCAUUGUAAUUUCUGUUAGCUCAUUCAUGAAAUCUUCAAAACGAUUUUUCACAUUACAAAAAUAUUCACUUUAAAAAAUUCACAAUUACAUACACAGUUUUCAUUUCCCCAAUUAAUGCAGACAUUUUUCAAAUUGUCCUAAUUCUUCCACAUUUCUCAACCACAAUUAGCUCCUUCAGGAUAUGGUGGGAACUCUUUUUUUACAUUGCAUAAAUUCCCACUUUUCCCAAAUCAACCAAUUUUGCAUGGUAAAAUUCCCAAAUGACCGGCGACAUUUGACAAAUUGACCCCAUUCUUAUGUCAACCAAUCAAACCAUUGGAACGCCAAAUUGUGCAGCUCAUUCAGGACAUUUGCCUUUCCAUACUUGGGCUGCUAUUUUGCUAUAUGUUAGCAUACCUGUGGUUAGAAUGUUAGCAUUUGAUCAAUUAGCAUAGAAAUACAGAAGUACCAAAUAAUGGCACAGAGGAAAAGCGUAAUGAUAACUAUAAAACCAGGACCUGACUGUGAUAUAGGAACUUGUCUCAUAAAAUCAGUUGAUAAAUGCUGUGUCAUAUGAUAAACGCUGUGUCAUAUUUGCAUUCAACAGAAUGUGCUUUAAGACUUCAUAGCAGCAUUAACAUGAGGAUAUACUGAAGGUCAGAGAUUGGUAUGGCUUUUUGUAGUGAUCAGAUGUUAAGCUUAUGAUCUGGUAUUAAUUUUUUUGGAGGAUGUGUUUGUUGGCUAUGUAAUACAUUUUAUACUGCAGUACCACUCAAUGGAUGCUGAACACAGACUGCUGGGAUUAACAAUCAAAUAAUUGAGGGGCGGGGGGUGGUCGAGUGAAAAUCUCUGGUGAUAUUCAUGGACAUUAUUAUCUUUGCAAAGGUUUUUUAAAUACUGGAGUUCAUUAGAUUGUGUAAGUGCUCAUCUGUUUUGGCCACACUUGCUAUUUUAAAUCACCCUGCGUCUUGAAUGUGUGAGUAAAGCAGGGUACAAACAUCAAUUUUUGAAUUUUUAACUGAUUUAUAAAAUGUAUGAAACGACACACACAAGGUAAAAAUAUCAAUGUGUGUGCAUAAAGCUCUUAUAUUGUGUUGGAACUCUGUGUUGACCACACACACAGCGAUUUGCAAAUGUAAAUAUUGAACAAAUUUAACAUUUACUAUCAUUGGCCAAGACCAUUUUCUGAACAGAUUGCAGUAUGGGCGGCACGGUGCCGACUGGUUAGAGCGUCAGCCUCACAGUUCUGAGGACCUGGGUUCAAUCCCCGGCCCCGCCUGUGUGGAGUUUGCAUGUUCUCCCCGUGCCUGCGUGUGUUUUCUCCGGGCACUCCGGUUUCCUCCCACAUCCCAAAAACAUGCAUUAAUUGGAGACUCUAAAUUGCCCGUAGGCAUGAUUGUGAGUGCAAAUGGUUGUUUGUUUCUAUGUGCCCUGCGAUUGGCUGGCAACCAGUUCAGGGUGUACCCCGCCUCCUGCCCGAUGACAGCUGGGAUGGGCUCCAGCACGCCCGCGACCCUAGUGAGGAGAAGCGGCUCAGAAAAUGGAUGGAUGGAUGGAUUGCAGUAUGAUUGCAGUAGGAAAAAUCACUCUUAACACACCCCACAGCAAAGGAUCAUCACUGAAGUUAAUAUUUUAGAGACAUCUGACAGUUAGGCGUUUUGAUGACUUUGACCGUGCUCAAAUUCGGCCUGAUUAUCAAUGUGUGUGUGUGUGUACCACCGUUUAAAAGUAAGUCUCUGCAUAUUCUGCUCAAUCCAACAAUACUGUCGUGCUUUAAUACUCCAAGAACAAACCAGUAGCGUGACAAACACACUCUUUCUGAAUGCAAAUUGAAAAAAUUGAAUGUUUUGGCUUCGCUUUGCAUGCUCUGCUCUGCAUGUGAUCAUCCUCCCAUUGCAGUUACUCAAAUCUGAUUAAACAUCUCCAAGACAGGAAGGUUUUUGAACAUUCUCGCUCUCUGUUGCUCUCUUGUUUUUCGGAUCCAAGAAAUGAACGACAAAUCCCUUGUCACACACACACAGAUGCCGCUAAAAGAGAAAGAGGACAAACCAGAAGUAAUGAGGGACCCAAAGACUGUUGUUAACAUGAGUGGAAAUGUGACUCAUACAAGCAGCUGGAGAACACUUGGCAACCUCUGGCAGCACUAAGCGGGGUCCACACAUACUGAAAAUCAGGCCACAUUCAAGCAUUUUCCCUUCCUUGUGAUCAAAGUCAGCAAAGGUCCGAUUAUCAGAUGUCUCUAAAAGAUUUACCUGGGCGAUUGUCCUGUGGUGUGGGAUGUAUUAAGAGUAAUUUUCCCCCCUCAAUCCCCUCUGAAAAAGGUCUUGGCCAACAAUUGUAAUUGUUAAACCUGUUUAUAACAUAUGAUAGAAAAUACUUUCGUGUGUGGAGAACACCAAGUUUGGUCGAGGCACAGACUCUGUGAUUGUGACAAGAAACGGAACGCUAGCCAAUUAAGCGAGGGUCACAACUUCACACGUAUCAAUAAUCGGGCCGAAUUUGAGAUUUUUUUCCCCCCACUUUUUGAUCAAAGUAAGCAAAGGCCCGAUUAACGAAUGUCUCUAAAAAACGGAUUAUCCUGUGUGUCAGGAGUGAUUUUUUUCCCCUCCACAACAUGAUAGAAAAAUGGUGUGGGUUGCUAAUUGUAAAUGUUAAACCUGUUCAAUAUCCGCGAUCAAAGAUCCUUGUGUAUGUGGUCAAUAACGAGUUCGGCCGAGACGCGUACUCUGUGAUUGUGAUGUGAAAGGAUAUGAUAGCCAAUUAGUAAGGUACACAUACUGAUAAUCGGGCCAAAUUUGAGCAUUUUUCCUCCCUUGCGAUCAAAGUCAGCAAAAAGGCCUCAUUGUCAGAUGUCUUUUAAAGAUUAACUUGAGUAAAUGACUAGGAAAAUCUUUGUUAAAAAAGCUAACAAUUCAAGGCUAGGUUCUCCCAUUUCUUCGAAUGCCACUCAUUCUUUUUCUUUGUAUUUUCCAGCGGUCUGCCUCUCACUGGUCAGUUUUGGUACUAUAACAGACCUCGUUACAUGUUUGGUGUGCAUUGUUGACGAUCCAGAGUGCACCUCUCACGCUAAGAUUAGUAAGCACACACAUGACAAUGCAUGGCUUCUCUUUCUAAGAAAUCGAUUAAGAUGUUAAAUCGGUCUGUGUACCAUGCUUUAAAAACACAAAUGUGUGUUCGCUUGCUCUUGGCCUUCUAUUUUAGCGUGGCAAAAAACUUGACAUCCCACUGUUAUUCCAUUGACAUUUUGGCAAAAAAAAAAAAUGCACAAAUGCGUAUGAUCCUUUCACCCUGUUAGACUGUGACUGCGUGUGCAUGGGCAUGACAGUAGAAGAGGCGAGCACGGCCGGCCGUCAGAGUCGAGCCAUCCCGCUGAACUGGAGCUGUGACCUCUCUCCUCUUUCUGUCACUCACUUUCUUGGGUUAUAUAACAGCAGCUCACAUCCUCAUCCAGGCCAAUGCAAACUCUAUUUACAACAUUUUUGCAGCACAAGACUACCACAAGCGGCACGGAUGCGUGGUUAAUAUGUUUGCCUCACAGUUCUGAUGUUCUGGGCUCGGCUGCAGCCUUCCUGUGUGGAGUUAGUAAUGUCUCCUUGUGCUCGCGUGGAGUUUCUCUGGCUUCCUCCCACAUUUGAAAAACAUGCAUGUUGGCAUCAUUGAAGACUAUAAAUUGUCCAUACGUGUGAAUGCGAAUGAUUUAUUGUUUGUCAUAUGUCCCCUGCUACUGGCUGACAACAAGUUUAGGGUGUACCCUGCUUGUCUCACCAAAAGUCAGCUUCGAUUAAUUGAAGAUUCUAAAUUGUCAAUAGGCGUGAAGGUGAGUGUUUGUUUGCCAAUAAGUGUCCUGGAAUUGUCUGAUGACUAGUACAGAGUGGACCCUGCUUCUCUCAACAAAACUCAUGAUAGGUUCACUAAAAAUUCUAACUUGUCAAUAGAUUUUAAAAUUUUGUCUUUUGACAACCUUUUUGAGAAGUUCUAAUCUAUAUAUAUAUAUAUAUAUAUAUAUAUAUAUAUAUAUAUAUAUAUAUAUAAUAGCACGGAGACAGCCCCCCUCAGUGUAACAAGUGACCUCCUUUAAACAGUUGAUAAAGGGGUGGGCUCGAUGCUUUUUCUGUUGGAUCUCAGUGCAGCUUUUGACACAGUUGACCACGUUAUUUUAAUUGACCGGCUUAGACACUGGGUGGGGAUCAGGGACACUGCACUGAGUUGGUUUCAUUCCUAUCUUUUAGAGCAAACCUUUGCCGUGACCAUAGGCAAUCAUUGUUUUUAGAUGUAUUUAUUUUUAUCAUCAUACAUCAAGCUGCUUGAUCUCAGUUGGACAAGCUGGGUUCUGCAUUGCCUGGGGCUUCAGUGUUUUUUUUAUUUUAUUUUUUUAAAUAUGAUACACGCGCAUGAUGUUUGGCGUGUACUGUGUUCUACUCUUGUCUGUCACAGCACUUUGUGAACAUGAUUUUAAAGGUCCUAUAUACUCUAAAUAAAGGUAUUAUUAUUUAA